AUGCCACAGGAUCGACCAUUCGGGACCCCAUUCGAUUGCAAAACGAACUGCUUUGGGACAGGAAACUUCCCAUCUCAAAAUCUGUGUCCCUCGGCUUGCACUUUGGCACAGGGGAUAGGCACUAAACUGGUUAGCGGUACAGGAGGGCCCGGCGCGAUUCCCACCAGCCUCCUGAGUUCAUCGGACACGCCUGCUACCGGUUUUGGAUGUAACAAAAACAACCCCACCCCCGGAUCCGGUGCAGUCAAGUGUGAAUUUUUAAAUGAGGCUUUCAACAGCGAAGCUGUGAAACUGCGUCUACGAGCAGAGUUACCGUAUCUGUCGAGAAAACAAAUAGCACAGUUCCAACUACCCUUUUAUGAGACCUUGUGUCACGAUCUCCUGGAAAAUGGCUAUCACUACGCCUUCACAGAAAUCUUCCAAAUCCACGAGCAGCAGAUGGAAGAGCGUCGAAAGGCGGGACCUUAUUCAAAACUUUGGAAAAUUCCACCAAUCAGCGAGCAGCCAGAGAAAAUCCACAUGCUGCGUGACCAACUCUCAAGAGCAGAGGUUGCGACUAGAAGACGGGACAAUCAUAAUGUGUUCUUAUGCUACUCAAAACUUGCAAAAUACUUUCACGAUUUCCCCGAUGACCGCUGGCUGUCGGAGCACUUCUUUGAUUACUGUUUCACGGUUGCAAAACGAAUUACUGACGAUGGAGGUGUGAAGCUUGCUCUAGCCUACGAGUACAACGGUGACCUACAGACGGCGUGUAAGUUCUUUGUGUACCUUUACAACUCAACGCGCAACAAGGACUGGAGAGAUGACGACGACAAAAAACUGUCCGCAAAGGCAGACAGACACCUCGUUAGGAUAUACCUUGCGCUGCAGGAUGCUACGCCAAAAGAACGCGUCUGUGAACGCAUGGCCUAUUGCACUAAGGCUCAUGAAAUCGCCUCAGCAAGCAAUGACUGGAACCUUACCGCUCCAACCUGUCGACGAAUGGGAGAAAUGCUGCAGGAGGCAAAUCGAAUUGGUGAUGCCAUCACAUUUUACCGAGGGUACUUUGACUUGGCGAAAGAAGCAAAUGACUGGAUGAGCUUGGGAGGUGCUUGUGAGGCGCUGGCUCAUUUGUUUGAAUCCCAACAAAAUCUCUCUGAAACGAUUCGUUAUUUGAAGAUGUAUGCAGAGUUGUGUGAGGAGAAUGGGGAUUGGGUGCAGCUGUGCAAAGCCAGUCACCUCCUCGGACACACCUACGACAAGGCUGGCCAACCUCAAGAGGCCCUCAAGUGGAUAAUCAAAGCCUUCAAAAUGCCGCAUUAUGUAAAUGCCCCUAACCCAGCACCUUUCCAGAAGUACACGGAAAGCGCUCGAGUGAUGAUUGGCGUAACGCGAGCCCACUGUAUGAACACCAUGUUCCUUAACUCACUACUCUCUGAUACGCCAUACGCCGUACUCCAACUUAUCAGCUGGAAGGCUGAUCCACGCAACGAAGACAAAGUAUUUAGAGGCUGCCACUGCAGACCAGGUGAGGCAUUUUUUCAAUUAAUUGUUUCCGUCCUGAGAGCCGUAUUUAUUCCAGUCGGAAAGUGUCAAAUUAGACAUGGUUAA